ACAGAGCGACAGCUGAUCCACGAAUGCGCAUGCGCACUGACACAACGUGCCUACACUUCCUAGCAUUGAACAACAACUGAACAUCCACUCCAGCUGCUUCUCAAGUGAAGGAUAGUCUGAGCUGUUCGGAUUCAAUAAGCAUACAGCAUUUUGUGCGGAACUGUUUUUGUUGAGGUGUGUGUUUAUAUUGGACUCUGGGAAUCAUGAAAUAGCAGCCCUGCCCGUUUCAUCCAUAAACUGAGUGUCAUAAAGUUCUCUAUCACGGCAUGUCCUCUCUGUGCUGGACUUUUUGAUGGGGUUUUUAAGGUUAAAGAUGCCGCCGAAGUUUCAGCUCCUGGGUCUGUUGGCCUUCGCCAUUGCGAUGAUCUUUUUGGAAAACCAAAUUCAGAAGCUCGAGGAGUCGCGGGGGAAGCUGGAACGAGUCAUUGCCAGACAUGAGGUACGAGAGAUUGAGCAACGGCACAUUCAAGAGGGGGCGAAGGUGGCCCUGGUCGAGGAAGAUGAUCUGGUGGUCAUCUACAACCGAGUGCCCAAAACAGCCAGUACCUCCUUCACCAACAUCGCCUACGACCUGUGUAACAAGAACCACUACCAUGUGCUGCACAUCAAUACCACCAAAAACAAUCCCGUCAUGUCUCUUCAGGAUCAGGUACGGUUUGUAAAGAAUGUGACGUUAUGGAAGGAGAUGAAGCCUGCGUUCUACCAUGGACAUGUUUCCUUUCUGGACUUCACCAAAUUUGGAGUGAAGAAAAAGCCUAUUUACAUAAAUGUUAUCCGGGACCCUAUUGAGCGUUUGGUGUCUUACUACUAUUUCCUGCGCUUUGGUGAUGACUACAGACCAGGCCUGCGACGCAGAAAGCAAGGGGACAAAAAGACGUUUGAUGAUUGUGUAGCUGCUGGAGGAUCUGACUGUGCUCCAGAGAAACUGUGGCUUCAGAUUCCCUUCUUCUGUGGUCAUUACUUUGAGUGCUGGAACAUUGGCAGCAAAUGGGCUUUGGAGCAAGCCAAAUACAACCUGGUGAAUGAAUACAUGUUAGUCGGAGUGACGGAGGAGCUGGAAGACUUUGUUAUGAUGUUGGAGGCAGCCCUCCCUCGCUUUUUUAAGGGAGCCACAGAGCUCUUUCGGACAGGGAAGAAAUCGCACCUAAGGAAAACGAGUGAGAAGAAGCCGCCCACAAAAGAGUCUAUAGCCAGACUGCAGCAGUCAGACAUCUGGAAAAUGGAGAAUGAGUUUUAUGAGUUUGCACUAGAGCAGUUCCAGUACGUUCGGGCUCACGCGGUGAGAGAAAAAGAUGGAGAACUGUACCUACUGGCACAGAACUUUUUCUAUGAGAAAAUCUACCCAAAGACUAGCUGAGGCUCAGCGGAGCUUCAUAACGCUGUGGUCAGAAACACUGGAAGCAGGACGCAAUACGUUCUGCCUGACUGCUCUCCAUCUGGAAGAGUGCAUUUAGAGCAACUGAAACUAGUCCGUGCCACAGGGAAGAGUCUUGGGGCCAAAUAGCUGUCAAGAGCUUUAUCCCCCAAUACAUAUAGUCUCAAAGAAGGCUUAAAAGCUCUCUAAUGAGCUUUACAAGUGACUGAGGUCUUGUUCGUGUCGUUAUUCAAGACAACCAUCACCUUUCUGCCAUAGGGAUUUCAUACAGAUGCUGCCACAUUUCAGAAUGUUUUGUUGUUGUACUAAUUUAAUGCUUUAAUGUUUUUUUUUUUUUGACUGAUUGAUGC